GUGUGUGUGUGUGUGUGUGUGUGUGUGUGUGUGUGUGUGUGUGUGUGUCUGGCUUCACUGAUGAUGCGUGUUAGUGGCUCCGGUUUUUCGCAUCACACCAGAGGCGGCAGUCAGCCAGCAGAUAGUCAACAGACGCUCUCUACCGACUUCAGGCUGGACACACUGCUCCUAUCUGAGAUGUUAAGUGGGAAUUAUAAUGACGGAUAGUGAGCUCCAAACAGGUUCAAGAGUAUAUAGAGAUUUAUUCUUUGCUGGGAUGUGAUGCCUUGGAUUUUUAAAAAGCAGAUCUUAUAGUAGAGACAUUUACGAAGGAAGUUACAGAUGACUCGUGGCGAAAAUGUCCCGAAUAUGGUCCAUCUUUACUGCUGUGACCGUCCUGGCCGUUCAGCUCUGCGCAGGUCAGAGUUCCUGCACCAUCUGGUCUACUACCGGGUCUGUAGCGCAGCGAGGCUCCAGCUUCAAGGUCUAUUGCACCUUUAGUUGCAAAAGUUUGGGGAAAAUACGGAGCAACAACCCGCCCACACCACAGAAACACGAAAAAUUGAAUUCUACAACUAUAUUUCACAAUGUAGUGAAUAUUACCAGGAGCAUCAGAACGUUCAGCUGUAUGAGCUCAUGUCCUCAUGAUGGAGAACCCUGUGGAAUGGACAUCAGAUCUGGAUAUCUACCGGUGCAGCCCAAAAUCAUGAAUUGCACUUAUAAUGUCAGAAAUGAUGAAAGUGGAGUGGUGUUCUGCACCUGGAACACACAAGACACUUAUCUCAGUAAUACCUCAGUUCUGUGGGUGAAAACUGUAUCUGGAAACCACACAGCUGGACCGAUGCAGUAUAAGGUCUCCAAAAAAAGAACUGAUACGCCAUCAACUGAUUUCACAGUGUCCAAAUCUGUCCAGAUGAUCUCUGUGUGGGUCCAAGUCAGAAAUGAUCUGGGCAAUGCGACGUCCGCCCCUGUCAGCUACACACUCAGAGACAUUGCAAUGCCAUCCGCUCCAGUUCUUGGCCAGCCUGAGUGUUCUUCUCGAAGUUGCGACAUCAAGGUGGAACAUCUUGUGAAGACAGAACACUUAGAGAUCCAAUACAAAACAGAGGCACAGAGGUGGAUGUCGUCUCCAGACUCGGUUGUGCAGAUGAGUCAGGAUCAAGCUCUGUCCAUGUCCUCUCUGGAGCCCUGUAGAUUGUACCAUUUCAGAGCCAGGUCCAAAUUCAGCAGCGGACAUUGGAGUGAGUGGAGCGCAACUGUCUCUGCCUGGAGUCAGGAGGAGGCUCCUGCCAAAGAGUUAGAUGUAUGGUACGCUGAAGCUUCCUCUGAUGCCACAUCCCUUCAGGUGUAUUGGAAGGAGCCAAACAUCUCCAUUGCAAGAGGGAAAAUCAUACAGUACAAAGUCAGUGUUUACAACCAAAGAUCCAAAACUCUGGUCUUCAACACCAGUGUUGGUGCAGAUGCCAGGAAUUAUACAGUUCCAUUUUGUGCCAACUGUGAAGUGAAAGUGUGGGCUUACAACUCCAUAGGACCCUCCCCACCUGCCAACAUCACCACAAAGCACACCAAAGCCAAGCCCCCUCAGGAUGUACACGUCACUGCAGACAACCACAGUGUCGCCAUCUCCUGGAGAAAGCCUGUAACUGCACCUGAACAAGCAGAGUAUAUUGUGGAAUGGUACAGAGAGGGCUACAAACUGGAGGAGCUCAGAUGGGUCCGACUGGGAAAGAAGAACAACCAGUUUGUUAUUACCGGUCUGAAGCCAGCUGAGUGCUAUGAGGGAGCAGUGUAUGUUUCCUAUAAGGACGGCUCAGCGGCUGAAACCAGCUUUACAGGUGUUUUCUUGGAAUUAGUCCCAGCAGCUGGACCAUCAGUCCAAGAGAACGUUGAUGGGGACAAAGUGAAAGUAACUUGGACAGAAAUCCCCAGGGGUCAGCGUGGAGGUUGUAUCACUGAGUAUACCAUCUGUUUAGAGAACAGCAGCAGACACCAGCGAAACUAUUCUGUACAAGCAUCACAGAGGACACACACUAUCCCAGGAUUGUCUCCAGGUGUCUACAGCAUAUGGAUGACUGCUUCCACUGCUAAAGGAGAAGGCCCUGCAGGUCAAACUAUCAAAUUCUACAUCCAGGAGGAUGCACACCUAUUCUUCGUGUUAGUGUGUGUAGCCGUGGCUGUGAUCAUACUGUUAUUGCUGUGUCUGUGGCAGAGUUCAGCAGUAAAGAAGAGGUUCAAGGGGCUUUUCCAGUGUCUAAUGCUGGAUGCAGUUCUGGAUCCUGCAAACAGCAAAUGGGCAAAAGAGUGCACCCAAGAAAAGAACAAAAUGAAGCUCCAGCUGCCAGAGAAUGCUUACAGCGUAACUGCAGAGGAAGAAGAGCCCAUCCUAGUGGAUGUUGAGGAGCUGCCCAAGAAAAGCAGCGAUAUCUGCUCACCUUCUGAUGACUCCUCCCAUCUCUCUUCUGAAACCAGCCUGAGCCCCCUGACAGAGCAAACCACACUGCCCUACCCCCUGACCACCUACAUCAAGAGCCUCUCUCACGACUCAGACAGCUCAGAACACACAAACACUUCUAUGGACACAAACUCAACCGUGGACUACAUCUCGUCGCACGGGCCGGGAGAUAUGGACGAGGAGUUUCCAGAAAUGGUUGGUUUCUUUCCGAGUCAUAACAUUUUCAUAGAGCCAAUGGAGUGUGGAGGGAAGCUGACGCUGGAUGCGGUUAAAUUCAACUGCACAGACUUAUUUUGAAACAGUAUUCGCUUGAAACCGCAACUUUUUGGCUAAAUGAGACUGCUAAACUGUAGAGAAUGGACACGAUGACUGGAGUUAGUGACUGAACUUUUCUUUUUCUUCAUUUUCUUUUUAUGUCUCAUCUCUCUGAGGUGUCCUUGAACUACCUCCUUGCACAGUGAAGUCAUAACUGUAAGAAAAACGUGUCUCUCGCCUAAGUCUUAUGGAGGUGAUACAUGGUAAUAAUACGUGACUGAGAUAGUACUUUUGUGUUCAUUUUAUGCAUUACCAUUGUUUCUGUUCAGCAGAAUUGGGCACACUUAUACCAAGAACAAUGAUCUGCUUAGGUGUUAAGACAGCUUGUCUGCUCUGAACUGAAACAUUUGAAGCACUGAAGGGUGGACUAUCAGCAAAUGUUUCAACUUCUCAAGCACAGGCAUGUCUCACAAUACUGCUAGUCUGUUCUAUCAAAGAUGCACAUUAUCGGGAAGUGACAGCUAAACAAAGCCAUGAUUUAUUUUUUCUUCACACCUGCUGUCCCUUGUUCCUAAAUUUGUAAAUGUAUUCUGUCUUAUGUAGGAGGAUAAUUAGUGUUGUUUCUUAGCUCUGAUAAUAAUCCUGUAUUGGCUGUGUUUUAAUGAACAUCUUCCCUACCUCAGCUCUCCUAUAACUGGAUUGGAGUCGAUUUUAUCUUUGAUAUAUGUUGUUCUGAUGCAUAAUGUUACAACAUGAAAAGAUUUAUUAGUCCUUUAUUUUCCUGAGGAUCACAAUCACAAUAAAUCAAUUGCAACAUUUUUUUUAGAUGUUCACACCAAGGCUUA